AUGUCGAGCUACCCCACUCCAGGAUCCUCGAGUAGUUUUACAGCAUCACCAGGCACUGUAAUUGAAGAAGAGCAGAAAUACGCAGUCGCAAGGAUCGGUAACGCCCAAGAGCGAAGAAGAGAACAGAACCGCAAAUCACAGCAAACAUACCGUGCCAAGCAUAAGAAAGGCGCGGAAAAGAUAGAAUUUCUUAUCAGGGAGGAUAAAGAGGCCGAGGAGAGAAUUCUGUUGCAUCCCAAGUUCCCUCUUUGCCCUGAAUACGAGCGGCACCUUGCACAAGGCUUUGUUUUUGACGAAGAAACCUACGGAAACGUUGAUUGGUCCGUCGGGCCAUCCUUUCCUAUAGCCAGCAUCAUCGGACGCCAAUUUAUGCCUUCUAUUCCGCCAGAGCUUGUUAUUCCAGCCGAAUCCUGGCUAGAAGCGACAGGACCUCUGCAGAAUGGAUAUGAGUUUUUCAAGAGACAUGUUCUCAUUAUCAUGAACGCUAUCGACAUUCACUUGCCUCAGUUGGGGAUUACAACAGAAAUGUUGAUCGACAGAUUUUUAAUUUCCCCUUAUGUGAUGCCCGAGAAUACAUACAAUGAGGAAUUGGAAGCGAGAAUCAACGGUUUGAAGGAAUACAUUCCACACCUAGCUCCAGUUGAUCUCCAAAGAUCAAUCCCGCACCACCCUUACAUCGAUCUUAUCCCCUUCCCCGCCUUCCGCACCACAAUCCUUGAGAUUCUCCGCGACACUCCCAACACAAUCAACCAAGUCGACUUUUGCCAAGACAUUGAACUUGGGGGUCUUAGGCUCUGGGGAACGCACUCAUACGAACCCAUGAGUUACGAAUUGACCGAGGCCUUUGCUGCCAAAUGGGGAUAUCUGUUCUGCCGAGAUGCCGUUGCCCUCAACGCUACAAACUACUGGCGAAAUGCACGCGGAGAGCAUAGCCUAGGGCCUCUUGAUUUCGGGGGUUCUCCAGGUGCUGGGAGCUCUCAGAAUUCAUUUUAUGACUUAUAUCUAGUGCAAAUGAUGAGAGAGUCAUUGGGUUUAUAA